CUCCAAAACAAAGGUCAAAGUUCACAGGAAGCUGGGGGGCUGCCAUUUUCCCCCUGCUAACAUAUUAGAUGCUAAAACGAAGAGGGGUGGUCGUUGUUGAAAGCGUUUUUUUUGUUUAUUUUUUUUUUAAACGCAGGGAUUGUUUUUCUUUCUGUUUAUGUUUGUCAGCCUCUCUGUCACAUGCGCUAGUCGUUGUGGUUAAUGGAAGGCGGCAUGGAGAGAACAGAGCAGCCGUGGAAUUCUUCCUAUACGUACCAGGUGAGCAAGCACAGCGCCGAGAUGCUACACAACCUUAAUAGCCAGAGAAAAGAUGGAGGCAGAUUCUGCGACGUGAUCCUGCGCGUCGGAGAGGAAAGCUUUCCUGCACACAAGGCGGUGCUGGCGGCGUGCAGCGAGUACUUCGAGUCGGUGUUCAGCUGUCAGGUCGAGGGCGACAGCGAGGGCAAAGAGCUCGAGAUGCACACGAUCAGCCCCAAAGUUUUCCGAGACAUCCUGGACUUCGCUUACACGUCGAAGAUCGUGGUGCGCUUGGAGUGCUUCCCGGAACUCAUGACGGCCGCCAAGUUCCUUCUUAUGCGUUCGGUCAUUGAAAUCUGCCAGGAGGUGAUCAAACAGUCCAACGUGCAGAUCCUGGUGCCGCCGUCUCGCGGUGGAGAGCUCAGCUUCCUGUCAAAUCCCAUGCACGCCGACGUGCCAAACGGCGCCGUGUUUACUAACAGGCACAACCUGGACAGUGACAGUACCAGCGCUCCGCCACCUAUGAACAGCAGCUCUCACCCGAUCGGCCUCCCUGUCUCCCCGUCAGCCUUCGCGACAAACCCGGUAAACGGCGAGGCCUCUUCUCCAGCCUCCAAGCGAGCCAGAGGACGGCCCAAGAAAGAAGAUCCGCAAGAGCCCGGCGUGUACAAUAACGGUACGAUUGAGGACAAUGAAGGUCCUUUUCCUGGAGGCAUUUGCGGUAAGAUGCUGAGUGACGCUGUGCAGCUGAGAAACCACGAGGCCCAGCGUGGGUCAGUGGGGGCAGGUGGAGAGAUGGUGUCCAUGGACAUGGCUGUAACGGCUCCCCAGGCUCAGAACUGCGUGCAGACGGACGGGAACCGCAAACGUGAGAGGACGAGACGACACGUGGGCUGUGAUCUGUGUGGGAAGGUGUUUAGAGACGUCUAUCACCUCAAUCGACACAAGUUGUCUCACUCUGGGGAGAAGCCAUAUGCGUGUCCUGUGUGCGGCCUGCGGUUCAAGCGCAAAGACAGGAUGUCUUACCAUGUUCGCUCUCACGAUGGAGCCGUGGGCAAACCCUAUGUGUGCCAAAACUGCGGGAAAGGCUUCUCCAGGCCAGACCACCUAAAUGGACACAUCAAGCAGGUGCACACAACAGAGAGACCUCAUAAAUGUCAGAUUUGUAACGCGUCGUUUGCAACACGAGAUCGUCUGAGGUCGCACCUGGCUUGCCACGAGGAUAAAAUCCCGUGCCAAGUGUGCGGCAAGUUCUUAAGGGCUGCUUAUAUGACAGACCACCUGAAAAAACACAGCGAAGGACCUCACAACUACUGCAGUAUAUGCAAUAAAGGUUUUUCCACUGCGUCCUACCUAAAGGUACAUGUAAAAACACACCACGGCUCGUCCAUGCUCCCUUCCUCCACAGCUCACCAGUUCCUAGAGCCGCGUGACAACGGGCCGCAGAUGCACAACGGUGCCCCCUACCACUCAGGACGCCAAUGCACAGUGGAAGACCUUUGUACCAGUCGCCGGAUUCUGAUGCCCUUUCCUGAGGCAGAGGGGUGUUUUCGGGGGUUUUCAGGGCCUGCAGUUCUUGCUCAACCAGGCCCUCCUUCCCUCGGUGUGCAACCUGAGCUGUGGGAGCGGCACUGUGGCGGAACACCAGGCCUCCCGUUGCAUGCACCUCUCGCAGACGGGCAGGAAAAUGCUGCGAAAUGCCCCCAUCAGGAUUCUGAGGGGUCAGAUGCUGCGUUCAGGGACCUUUCUAACGGAACGGAGCUCAAACUGGAGCAUAAGUCUGAGGACAAGGAACUUGAGGUGACCUCGCUGAUCUUCAACGGCGAGGCCGACGGCACAGCAAACACGCCAUGCGGCUCCAAACAGAAGACGGACACGGAGAAGAAGUUUGCUUGUGGCUUAUGUGGCCAGACCUUCCGCACGAAAUCCUACCUCAACAAGCACCAGCACCGGGUGCACAAGAAACCCAGCGGGACAGCAUCCGGUCUUGGAGAUCUGGGUUCUCCGUUCUCCCCACAGCAGAACAUGUCUUUGCUCGAGUCAUUCGGUUUCCAGAUCGUCCAGUCAGCUUUUGCGUCAUCACUCGUGGACUCUGAGGUAGGGAGCAAUUCUGUAGGCUUAGGGGACAAGUGAACACUUGGAGAGAGGAAGACAUUCUCUCUUACAAGAUGUCCACAGCUUUUAGGGGGAACUGCAGUUCUAUCUUUUACCAUCAAUGCCAUUGUAAACUAUAUUAUCUUUUGUGUUGCUUACCAUCAACCCGUAGUCAGUUAAUUUAAUGUUUUGACAUGCAAGUUUGCCAGUAUGUUUUCCAUUCUUGUUGACCUGAAGCAACCAAUCAUUCAUGAAUCAACCAAGCUUUCGAAAUCAGAGUAUGUAUUAAUAAAUCAUCCCACAAAUCCUAUUAAACCCAAGUUGAACUCCUUUGAAUCAUUUUGUGUGGAUACGUGUAACAAAAUCCUGGGCACAAACAUCACUGGAAGCUCCAGGCUCUGAAAUAAUUUUAAGUUAAAUAAUGACUAAUUUAAUUCUUGUUCCCAAAUUCAUGGUUGUUAACACCAUUUCUUCCCAUUUCAUUUUGACUCAUGAAUACUUGCGAGAUUGAUUGUAUGGAUUCAUGCAAACCGCAUACAAAUUUUGAAUAUUUAACAGGGACCAAUUUCAGGUAUGACUGUAAGAUAUUACAAGAGAUGAAGAGUAUAUUUUAUUAACUUAUUGAUUUUGGUGUCCCAUCUCCUUUACGAAAUGGUUUAUAUAAAGCCAUUGGUAAAUUUUAGAUAUGUGCUGUGCUAAUUUGUCUUUGAAUUGUGCGUUUUAGAGGAGGCCAAGAAGAGUUUGUGUGUGUGUGUGUGUGUGUGUGUGUGUGUGAGAGAGAGAGAGAGAUGAUUGGUGUGUGUGUGUGUGCACACAUCAUGGUAUCUUAUUAAGAGAAUGUAAUGUAAUCAGAGGGCUUUUUAAGGUUUUUUUAAUAUGUCAGGACUUUUUUUCUAUGAGGGUCCAAACAUUCCUGCUUAACUUAAGAAUUCCUAUUCAUGAUGUGUGUAUAUAAUGUUGACAAACAUAAGAAAUAUGUAUAUAUAUAUACUUAUAUAUGGCCUAUAUUAAGUUUGUUUAUUCUAUGUAAUGGGGCUCUGUGUAUACGACUUCCAUUGACCAUUAUGAUUGAAUAGAACUUGAGUGGAGAAAAAUGUUUUGAGGCAAAGAGCUUCGGUUGUAUUCAGUUGGUUUGAGUAAAUUCACACUUGUAUCUCUUAUUACGGUAUAGUGGUGUGUGAUCAUAUAAACUUUUUUUUUUUUUUUUUUUUUUUUGAGGCAUGAAGAUGCCAUCAGUGCAUCAGAUCUAAAUUCCUGUCUUUUCUUCUUCUUUUUUAAAAUUGCAUUUUGUUCCUUUAGACUAACACUAUAAUUACUCUGAGCAAAUGUGACUGGGCAGUGGUUAUGAUAUCAGAGAAGUGUUUUAAAAGAUAUGCCUGUGAGAGGCCUGCUUUAUGUUCUUACACUCUUUUUACAACUUUUAUGAGUUCUGUGGGAAGACCUUAAACCUUAAAUGUUUUCAGUAGAGCCUUACAACAGAACAUUUCCCCUAUCAGAUCAGGUUCGACGUAGAACACUUUGUAGAAGCUAAGAACUUGUAAUACAAUGAACUCUUUGGGGAGGGGGGGCCCUGUUUUUCUAAGUGUGUAUGAGAGGUCUGAUGUAUUUACAUAUUGAAGUGAAGGUUUCAAAGGUCAUGCGAGUAUGAUUUAGCAAUGUAUUCUAUUUUCUGUUUAUUUAUUAUUGUUUUGCAAGACGUGUUUAAAAGUAGUUUUUGUUCACAUCAGCCCACAUUAGCUUGGAAUUGUGUAAGACUCCCUGUUAACUCUGUUGUAUUUAUACAUAUCAGUCAUUAAUUUCCUUCUAAUUUAUGUUUAAAAUGCAUCCUUAUUGAGGCCUCAAGUGUGAAGAGAGGAAGUAUGCAACUACCCAGGAUUCCCUUCAUGACAACAUUGUUUGACUCUUCUAGCCGAGCCACCAAAUCCACCCAAUUGUUACUGUCAAACUCAAUUUCACUUCACUGUCUGGAAUUAAUCACCCCUGCACUCUAAUCUGUGCAUUUAACCUUUUAUUUAUGUAAAAGAUUGACAUGGCCGUUUGGGAAGGUUCUGAGAUUAAAAUGCUGAUAUGCCAUCUCUUAUGUUUUACUGGCACAUUCUAUCACUGGAAAUGUUUUUUUUUAAACGUGUUUUAUUUGUAUUCUGCUUAUGUUUUCAUAUAACCGUAUGUUGCAAAGUGCCUUCCCAGUACUGAUUGUGAAUGGGUAGGAAAAUCUGUCAUUAAAAGGACCAUCUUAAGAGUAACCCUGUACAUAAAGUGAUUUGCAUUGACACUUUUGUAUAAGGACAUGCACAUAGAAAGGAAAUGUACAUUUGUAUGUAUGUUUGUUAUUCUAUCUUUGUUCUCUGACAAAAAUGUUUCUUUGCAAUUUCUGUCAAGAAUUUCCUUGAUUUUUGGAUAUAGGCAUACUUUUCUAUUGAUGUUUUUGUUUUUGUACACUGUUUUGUGUCUCUGUUUAUUUGCUACAGAGAUAAGUAUAAAAUAAAAUUGUAUUUGGGA